AAGUAGAAUAUGCAUUCUGAAUUCCUUCGUUACAAAUUUUGAACAUGUGCUGUCACAUGUGGCUCUCCUCUGAACUAAUGUUCACGAUAUGGCCGAUAACACAAAGGAGUGACGUUCGAUCGUCAAAGCAGAGCAGGAGGGGAGAUUAAAGACGCAGCAUGGUGGCGCUGCUAGUCAGGGUUAGUUCAUUUGAAAAACGAAGCCGAGGCAUCAGUCGGGUGGCAACUGUCGGCAUGUGCGUGGUUCUUCGUGUCCGUUUAGCCGCGUUUUAAAUCGCACACAGAACACCAAUUGUAUGUACACCCUAGCAGUACAUGAACGAACGGCAGACAGUUCGCGAACAUGUGAUUUUGACAGAGAACACGGUUCGUCGACGCUCGUUACCGCGUGCGUGAAAAGUGGUUUUCCUUGCCGGAUACAUCGUUACCCUGUAGCAACAGCCUCAUUCUAGGGGGUGGAGAAUAAUGUUCUGAGCCGUGAGCCACGCACAUCAUGGUUGCUAAGCACUUCACGCAGGGCUCUAGCCCUGAGUUGGGUGUCCCGGAUAUGACGGUCAUCAGCGACAUCGAUGAAACGGGAAUCAAUCGAAAUCUACAAGUCCGGUACAAGAGGGACCAGAUAUAUACGUACACCGGAUCCAUACUGGUGGCUGUGAACCCGUACAAGGAGGUGGACUUCUACACGAACGAGUACGUGAGCCGAUAUCAUGGCCAGAAGAUGGGCUCGUUGGAGCCACACGUGUUCGCAUUGGCGGAAGCGGCGUACAAGUCUCUCCAAGAGACGGAGAGCAAUCAAUCCUGCGUGAUAUCGGGGGAGAGUGGCGCGGGGAAGACGGAAACCACGAAAUUCAUUCUGCAGUACCUUUGCUCGGUGACCAGCAACGUCGACACCUGGGUGGAACAACAAAUUCUCGAGGCGAACACCAUCCUCGAAGCUUUCGGAAACGCAAAGACCGUAAGGAACGACAACAGCUCCCGGUUCGGCAAGUUUAUGCAGGUGUGCUUCGACAGCAAGUGGAUGAUCAAGGGCUGCAUCAUCCAAGACUACCUGCUCGAGCAGAGCCGCAUAACUUUUCAAAGUGCCGGCGAGAGGAACUACCAUGUGUUCUAUCAGCUGGUGGAGGCUGGAACCAGGGACAAGGAAUUCGCGGAACAAUAUAAACUGAUGCCAGCAAGCCACUACAAGUAUUUGAAUCAGUCUGGCUGCGUGAAGAUCGAUGGUAUCUCCGACAGCAAGAAACUCGAUGCUCUCAGGCUAGCGUUUAACGUGCUACAGGUCGCGCCGGAAAUGUGCGAGGGUAUAUUCAGAGUCCUGUCCGCCAUACUCUGGCUCGGGAAUCUGAGCUUCGAGGACGUGGACGGCGAGAGAUGCGAGCUAACUAAAGAGGACCUUGACAUCGUCGGCACGGUCGCACCCCUGCUCGGGCUGCAGGUCGAGGAUCUCACGAAAGUGGUGCUUAUACGGCAGAUAAACGUUCGCGGGAACAUCACCGAGAUACCGUUGAAGGUUCAAGAGGCCCGCGAGAACAGGCACGCGAUGGCGAAGGCGUUGUACUCGCGAACGUUCGUCUGGCUGAUCAAUCACAUAAACAAUUGUACGAACCCCGGCCAGGACAGCUCGAGGUUCCUCGGCGUUCUGGACAUAUUCGGCUUCGAGAACUUCGCCGUGAACAGCUUCGAGCAACUAUGCAUCAAUUACACGAACGAGAAGCUGCACAAGUUUUUCAAUCACUACGUGUUCGCGUUGGAGCAGGAACUAUAUCGGCAGGAAGAGAUCCAAUACUCCCAUAUCACCUUCACGGACAACACCAUGUGCCUGGAAUUAAUCGAGAAACCUCCACGAUGUGUUCUUAAGUUACUGACCGAGCAGUGCCAUAUGCCGAAAGGCUCGGACCUAGCCUACCUGACCAAUUUGCACGCCGAGUUCGAGAAUCAUCCCUGCUACGUGAAGGGCGACGAUCGACGAAAAUGGGAGAAGGAGUUCGGCGUGAAACACUACGCAGGUUGCGUCACCUACGCGGUCGAAGGGUUCGUCGACAAGAACCGCGACGUCCAACAAGACGUGUUCUUCGACUUUAUGUCCAGGAGCACGAACGAAUUUGUCCAAGAGAUCACGGUUUAUCAGGAUCUUUUGGGAUGCACGGUGGCUCGCGCGAGCGGCAACGCGACCACCAUGUCACGCGGCACUUCGAAGGGCAAGCCAACGCUCUGCGACUCCUUCAGGCAUCAGUUGCAAGCGCUAGUUGACGUUCUCCAAGCCACGACACCCUGGUACGCUAGAUGCAUCAAGCCGAAUAUGCAAAAAGCGGCGAAUAACUAUGACGAGAAGCUGGUUCUAGACCAGCUGAAGUACUUAGGCAUGCUAGAUAUUAUUAGAAUCCGAAAGGAGGGUUUCCCAAUACACAUGCCCUUCCUCGACUUUAUAGCGAGAUAUCGUUGCCUGGAUAAAGGACGUUUGUCCCGCUCGUAUAACGAGAAAGAGGCUGUUAGAUACUUGAUCAGCAGUCAGGGUGUACCCGAGACUGAGUGGCAAAUCGGCAAGACCAAAGUGUUUCUGAGAAGCUACGUGCACGAACCGUUGGAGGAUUGUAGAAAUCAAAUGGUCACCAGCAAUGCCAUAAUGAUACAGAAAACAUGGAGGGGAUACGUGGUUCGACGAGAAUACAAACGCGUAAGAGACGCCGCAUUGAAGGUGCAGCACGCUUACCGAGGCUGGAAGCUGAGAAUAAUGUUUAUCAGGAAACGAAGGGCAGCCAUCGUGAUACAGAGUCACUUGCGUGGCGUGUUCGCAAGGGAGGUGGCCACUGCCUUGAGAGAGAUGAGACGAGUAGACGAGGAGAUGAGGAAGAGGGAGAGACUGGAAGAGGAGAGAAGAUUGAUGGAGGAUAAGAAGGCUCUGGAAGAAAGUCAAAGCGCACAGUACAAUGGUAUUGUCGGGAUGGAAGCCGGAAAAGCGCAAGAAGAAAUCGCCGCGUUGUCGCAAAUGGCCGAGCAAAUGAAUUCGAAAAUGGCCGCCUCGGAUCUGCAGUCUGUAGACUUGGACAAUCUAUUCUCAUUCUUAUCCGACGUACAAUCAACGAAAGGCAAUCAGAUAAUCGAAGAAAUCGGCGAACAAAUGGAUGCGUUGGUAGAGGACCUAGACGUGGAGUUGGAGACUGUGAUCCAGCAGGAAAUGGAGUUGAAUUCAAAGAUGGAAUCUAAAGCAAACACUCCAAACGGUCAAGAGGCUCCGUCACCGCUGCAACAGGCAGGGCAACAACGAAUACCGUGUCCAAAUACAGGUAAACUUGGCCAGCCGAGUCUUCCGGAGCCUACUGAACCUCCUCCACCUCCACCGCCUCCCGCCGCAGCUCUAACAAUGAACGGAGACUCCUCCACUGACAAUGGAGAGCCAAUCUACGAGUCCGUCUUGCCACGCGAAGAGAACAGUCCCAGCAGUCCAAUUUUGGUUAACGGAAAUUCUGGAUCGUUGGUUAACGGUGAAUCCUGUGGCUCACCUCCGCCAGUGCCAAAUAACAAGGUCAUCAAAGAACCGGUCGCCGGUAGUCCACCAUCCAGGCCAGAAUCUAGAAACUCGAACAGUCAUCAUUUGCACCAUAAUCACCAUCAGCCGGUGCCGCCGCAGCAACAGAACGGUCACGAUCAACAGCAACAACAGUCGCAGCAACCUCAACAGCCGCCUGUCGAGAGGGAACAGAGACGCAAGUGUAGAGUGGAGCGUAAACUUCAAGAACUGGAGGACAAAAAGGAGGUUGACAACGAGGUCACUUAUCACGAUAUCGUGGAGUUCGCGCAGAAUUACUUCAACAGCCACGAAAGAUCACCAGAGGGUACAAUCAUGGCCACGCUUACUAGAAAAUCACGUGGCAAGAGCGUGGAGUAUAUUCCAAAGUACGAGAUGGUCACUUACUACAAAGGUUCCACUAUACCGAAUUCUCACAUUCACAUGUACGACCCUGACAACGUCAACGUGGCCUGUUCGGUUUUCAGGGAUCUAUGCAAGUACAUAAGAGGAGAAAUGAAACUAGACCAGGAAAUCGCGACUAUUCAGAGUAUAAUAGGCUACGGCAUCGAGCGUGAAGAACUACGAGACGAGAUUUUCGUUCAGUGUAUGAGACAGGCGACCAACAAUCCCAAUCCAGAAUGGUCGGAAAGAGUGUGGUUGCUGCUCUGUUUGGCUAUCGUCGCUUUCCAACCUAGCAAGCUGCUGUACAAGUAUUUCGUGUCCUUUUUACGAAAGAAUCUAGCCCUCGAGGGCAAGCUGCGACAGUACGUUCAAUGGUGCGUGGACAAUUGCAAGAACAUGAAAGUCUCCUGCAGGCAGCAUCCACCGUCGACGGUGGAGAUCGCAGCGAUGAGGCGAUUGGGCACGAUAGUUUGCCGGUUCUUCUUUCUGGACGGGAGAACCAAAGCGAUCGACGUUCACCCGACUGACACCGCUUCCGACGCUGUUGCCAAACUGGGUGAAAAAUUGGGCCUCAGGUCACUGGAAGGUUGGGCGAUUUAUCAAAGCAGACCGGAUGGCGAGGAGCACGUGCGAGCUCACGACUAUCUGUACGACGUGAUAGCUGCUUGGGAAAUGAAACAGUGCAAACUGAACACGGCGCAGUCGACCUUCUCGACUCUUCGUCGUGGGAACAACGCUACGUUAGGAAGCGGCGACAAUCGGUUCGUUUUCAAGCGAAGACUCUUCCGGAAUACCCGAGAGAUAUCGCAAGAUCCCGUCGAGGUGAACAUGCUGUACGCCCAAGCUGUGUACAACGUCGUGAAGUGCGACGAUUUCCCAGUGUCGGAGAAGGUCGCUCUCCAGUUGGCGGGUUUGCAGGCGCAGGUCGCCCUCGGCGACCCGAAGGACAACGACCGGCUGGAUUAUUACAGCGAGGUGGACAGUUUCUUGCCUUAUCGGAUCAGCCGUGCCCGAGGCGACGACGUCUGGGUGCCGAUAAUAGCGCAGGCACACAGACAGUACGGCGCUGGUCGCAAGGAAUUGGCGGCCAAGGUGCUCUAUCUGUCUUGCGUGAUGCAAUAUCCCCUCUACGGCACGACCAUGUUCAACGUGACAUAUCGGGGUUAUUGGUCGUAUGGCAACCAGCUUAUCCUGGGCAUCAACUGCGAUGGACUGAUGUUGAUCAAACCGGACGACAAGUUCGUCCUGUCGGAGUAUCGUUAUCAGGAUGUGGAGAGUAUCAUGCUAGACCCGAGCGACUCUUUCAUAACGCUAUCUCUCCUUCGCCACAACCCGGACAGCUCGCACAAGUGUUUCGUUUUCGAAACGCCGCAGAAGAACGAGAUAGGCAGCCUGAUCGUCAGUUACUGUCCGGCAUUGGCAGGUUGGAUCACGGAAAACGAGGUGCCUACCAAGAAACUCAAAUGCAUCACCAACGAGGAUCGUAUCAGGCUCUAUCACAACUUGGUCAAUUGUCGGAGGACACUGGUCGACGCGGAGAUACUGAGAAAACCUCAGGAUUCCGGUGGCGGUUUUCUGAGAAACACGCUGCGAAGGUUGUCCAAGCACAGAAUAGAGAAGCUCAGGCAGGAACACGGUAGCGCGACUGACCACGGUGAAACCUACAAAGGAUUCCCCUAUGCCUAUUGGGCGUUCAGCAGGCAAGCUAUACCUCAGAGCUUGUCGAAGCUGCCCGACCCAGACGAGCAAAUAUCCCUCAGCGUGUUUCAGUUGAUUUUAACCUACGCUGGUUUAGGACAGAACGGUGACACGGUUCGUAGAGUGGAGGACGAGCACGUGAACCUGAUACAGACCGUGAUGGAACGUUGUAUAAGGAAGGAGAAUCUACUGGGUGAGCUGUAUCUUCAGUUGAUCAAGCAAACGACAGACCAUCCUGAUCCCAACAGCCGGGUGAAUCUCAGGCAUUGGGCGUUACUCUCUCUGGCCUGUUCGGUUAUCCUACCACCGCAGAAGGUGAUACGAAAGUAUCUGAUCGCGCAUUUGAAACGAUGCGCCAGCGAUUAUGUCACCGAGGAGGGGAAGUACGCCCGGUUUGCUGAAAAGUGCCUUUACAAGACCCAGGGCACGAGGAGGAGGCAAUGGCCGCCGAGUAGGGAGGAGAUAAUGUGCACGAUCAACCGUAGGCCUAUCUACGCGAGAUUCCACUUCAUGGACGGACAGUAUCACGCCGUCGAGUUUCAUCCUUCGGCGACAGCCAGGGACGUUAUGGAGAUUAUCAAGACUAAAAUUGGCCUGGAGGAAACUGCCAUGGGCUAUGCCAUUUACGAAGUCUUAGGGCCAACCGAGAGAGCGCUGAUACCAGAGGAGAAGAUCGCCGACGUAAUGUCGAAAUGGGAACGUUACAGGACGGCGAACGCGCAGCAGAAUCAAUCGCAGAGGAAGCACGCGCAUCACUUCUUCCUAUUUAAGAAACACUUGUUCCUCGAUCAGUACAUGAAUCUCGACGACCCCGUGGAAAAGGAAUUACUGUAUCAUCAAGUGCUGCACGAUCUGCGUGCUGAUCGUUUUCCUAUCACUGAGAAAGAAGCUAUGAUGUUAACAGCGCUGCAAGCGCAGUUAGAACUCGGCGAUUGCGAGGACGCUAUGUCAGAUCACGAUUACCGGACUAUAUCGAGUCACUGCCUGCCGACAAGACUGGUUCCGAGUUUAUGCAUAGAGGGUGUGCUUCAACACCAUCAGUCAUUGCGAGGGAUGACACCGCCCGAGGCGAAGAAGGCGUUCCUAAACUUAAUUCAGUCGUGGCCGCUUCACAGGGCCACGAUAUUCGACGUCAUGCAGUCAUUCACGUCAAACUGGCCACGCGUUUUGUGGCUGGCCGUCGAUCAACAAGGUCUUCACCUUUUGGAGCAUCGUUCCAGAAACACACUCUGUACCUACGAAUAUAGCAGUAUUCUCAGUUACAGCCCAGCUGUUAGUUGUUUGAUGAUCAUCACUGGUACUGAUAAGAAGCAGAGUAAGGUUAUCCUUACGACGUCUCAGGCGCAUCAAAUUGCGAAUUUAAUUCGCGAGUACAUGGAUGUCCUUCAAUCGCCGCCGGAGGUACCGAAGAGAGAAUCGGCGAUUGCUCAACAGAUAGCACAGCAACCGAUUCAACAACCACCGACAAAUCUCGCGGCUACCGCCGGUGGUCGUAAGUCUCGACCUGCUUCGGUAUUACAUAGAGGUGCUCCAGUGAUACAAUCGCAAGCUAGUUAAAAAGUUAGGUAACUUAUUAGAUGCCGAUGCUCCUCCUCAAUCUUAUACGUUACUCAUUACCUCACACACACACACACACAUAUAUAUAGAAAUAUUUCUUUUAUUUUUUAUUAUAUUUAUUCAACAUACGUUUAAUUUAAUUUUAAUCAUACUUCUAGUUUGUAAGUGUAAUUUUGUAUUACUCUCCUUUACACUUCUAUCUGAAUGUUUUCAUUGAUUUUCAGUCAAAUUUAUUACAUCCGUUUAAUUAACGUGAAUCAAUUAGCAGACAUGAUUUCAGUAUCAGAUUGCUGGGAGAUAGUGUCUCUGUAGUUGUUAAUGCUUUAUCGGCAAGGCCUAUCAGGGGCGGCGAAUAAAUUCUCGUCGCGACUAGGCAUGGCAUUAGCCUAGAAAAUACUUCUUUCUUCCAGUAUUUAUUCGAUUAGCUUAGCGAAGACUUAGUGUUGGAGAGAAGAGAAAAGUACGCUGCUGAGAGCAGCGAAACGGAUUGACAAAAUAACUGCCAUUUUACGAUUUUAAAAAGAAGCAAAACUAGAGGAAACUGUCGAAGACUUCUAUUUCUAUUUCGCCCGUCAUUGUCGUUGUCUUUUUUACGAGCGAUUGUCAAUGGUUUUUAUACAGUGUUUUUUGCAAGAUGUUACGACACGAUCAAAUAGGUCAAUGAUUAUUGACGAUCAAUCGUUAAACGUUACUCCGAUCAAAAAAAAAAAAAAAGAAAGAAAGAAAACGGUUUUUUCGGCAUAUCAUUUUUUCUUCGUAUCGUUCGAUUAAGAGUGACUCAGGAAAGUUUUUAUAUCCAUUUUAAUUAACACCAGGAACGACCAAUUUAUUGAUUUUAUACAUUUCCAUUUUGUCUCCCUCUUGCUGAUCACUCUUCUUUCAACGAUACGAUAAUAUUACUAUACGAGAUAUUCCGCCACGUUUCGAAUAUUAAUUUAAAUUUUACAAUUAUACACGUAUUACAUUUAUAGACGCAAUAUUUCAGGUAAAAUUUUGCUCGACGUAUAUAUAUAUAUUAACUGUUAAUAAUAUGAGGGUGCAGCGAUGCCUCGUUAACUGGCCAGAGAGUUGAAGCCUCGUUAAAUGGCCAUCGUUACCCCCACCAGUUCUUGAUGCCGAUUUCACGAAGUGAACCUCUGCUAUUACACACAACACGUCGUGUAAAAAUAAAUGAAUAUAUCAGGUAACCGUAAAUCGAUAAAUGGCCAACCAAAAGAGAUGUCUUUUGACCAAUUAACGAGUCACUGCUGUUAGAAAGUGACGACAAAAGCAAAUUCCUUUGGCUUGUAUUUCAGAAAUGUUCGAGGAUGAAUGUCGGAUGAUAAUCAUAACGUUCAUUUUAUAGACAAUCCUUUCGUGCUAUCGUCCCUUUUACAAUUGUGGAGUUAGAAAAAAAAAAAAAAAAACAACCAAGUGAAUAAACGGAGGAAAUUACUUACGAGGAAUUUACGAAUUCCGAAAAUUUACGAAAUUGCGUCCAAAGAAAUUUCUUUCUUUAAUCCAAAAAAAAAAAAAAAGAAAAAGAAUCGCUCGAUAUCUUGGUGUGUAAAUAUUAAAACAGAGAAAAAGAAGAAGAAGAAACGUUUGAACUGUUGAAAAACAACGCAAUAGGUUCCAAGAGAAAUUCUCCAGUGUUCAGUGAUCGCAUUUCCACGUAAAAUUAGACUUGCAGCUCACUUAUACAUGUACACAUAUACAGAAAUGAUAUUAUCUAAUUGUAAUCUAACCCUUUCAAAGUAACAAUAUUUCAUAAUGUAGUAACGAGACUAAUAUAACGAAUCAAAGCUCCUUUUAAUCUCUACACACAGAAUAUUGUAGAAAUACCGUUAGUUUUUUUGCUAAUAUUACUCUUUUUAAUAACGAGCAACGAGCUCGAUGGAAUGGAUUACGAAGUCCAAUGUCACAGAGAGAGAGAGAGAGGGAGAGAGAGAAAAGAUGUGCACUUUUUAUGGGACACAGUCAAGAAAGGGUUAAAUGUAAAAUUAAAACGAGAAAUCUUCUCUAAGAAUCUUUUGUCGAACACUGGAGUUCUUGAAAAAGAAAAAAGAAA